AUGCCUCCGCCUCGGUCAAUAAUACGAGCGCUACCACCUGAUGUGAUUGCAAAGAUCAAAUCAUCUACAUCCAUUCUACAUCUGACCGGUGUCAUUUUGGAACUAGUCAAAAAUUCUUUGGAUGCCAAUGCCCAUACCGUCUUCGUCACUGUCGAUUUCAAACGCGGUGGCUGUAUAGUCGAAGAUGAUGGCGAUGGAAUUCCUUUGGCCGAGUUCGAAGUUGCAGGAGGGCUGGGCAAGGCUCACCGCAUGUCUCCCAACCUUGAGGUUUUGGGUGGCUUGUAUGGGCAUCGAGGCAUGUUUCUGGCUUCCCUAGCCUCGUUGUCUCUGCUUACUGUGACUUCUCGUCACAUUCUUCAUGAAUCCACAAAUUCAAUCAUACUUCAUCAUUCGACGCCUGUGGCUCGGCUAACCCCUGCACCGCCAUACCAGGUGCUUCACUCUGCCGGUCAUGGCACGUCUGUGACUGUCAAUGACCUUUUUGGGAACAUGCCAGUUCGCGUCAAAAAUAGAGCCCUCACUCUUCAGCGCCCGGACGAGCUAGAACGAGAGUGGGAUCAUCUAAGGAACUCCUUGGUGUCUCUCCUUUUGGCCAAUCCUCAAUUCUCAAAACUGGUAUUGCUUGAUGUGGAAAGAAACAAACGUGUCUCCAUUCGUCUGGGAGCUGCCUUGGUGUCUGAAACACGCCUCGGUCAUGCUCAGGGGAAGUUUGAUAUCAAACGCAUUGGGUUAAUUCUCACACAAUCUGGGCUGAUCACACUCCCAAACUUCGACAAUUGGCAUGAAAUUUCAGCAUCGGUUUCUGACCUUAUAAUUCGGGGAGCAAUAUCUCUCCAACCCAGCCCAACUCGGAAAGUCCAGUUCAUCUCUUUGGGAAACGAACCCGUGCUAUCGCGCAACAGCUCGAAUGUUCUGUACGACGAAGUGAAUCGACUAUUUGCUUUGUCGGAUUUCAGUAAUGUUGGGGACAAAUCUGGCAGAGGCUCCAUUUCACAUCCUGCAUCUUCGGUGAAUCAACUUGAUGCCCCAAGUAACGCAAGCACUCGAAGCUGGGCAAAGCCCGUCAAUAAGUGGCCAAUGUUUUACAUCCGCAUUGAUGCAAACGCUAUUAUACGAUUGGAUGAUGAUGAAUUUGAUCAUCUCCCGGAAUCAACCAAAUCGGUUCAACGUAUAGUUAAUGUACUUGGGGCCAUGGUCCGUGAAUUUUUGAAGCAACACAAUCUCCGCCCUCGUGACAGCAAACAGCAGUCAUCAGAUCAAAACCAGAGUCUCCGUUCCAGAGUCUCCAAAGCAGCUAGCAGUUCUCGUGGGCCCCUGCAGCAAGGUCAGUCGCUUUCAAGCACUGAAGAGGCGUUUAGCGGUCAUCUGAAAAUUCCCUCAUUCCCAAGAGCCCAGUCUCUAAACUCUGGUCAAAGCUUCGCCAACUGGUCCAGAGUGAAGACCGCUAAGGAUCUCAAAGGACAUUCUCCGACGCAUCAACCCCCUCGGCGUUCUCAUGCGACUCCUGAUAUGACACAGGGCGAGAGUUCCUUGCCGAUCCUCCCUAAACAUAGGCCAGACCAUCGAAAUUAUGGCCAGAAGCACACAAUUCUUCCGAGACCCCCGAAUAAAAUUGUCUCUAAUGAGGGAAGGACCAGAACAGAGGAUCUCAGUGGAGACUCACCAUCAGACAAGAUGAUCACCUGGAUCGACCCACACACCAAGCUGGCCUGUACGAUCAAUCCUCGAACAGGCCAAACGAUAAACUCCUGGAAGUCAUUAGCUACCCAGCGUUCCCUCACCGAUUGUGUCGAUAUCUCGCCCAAGCAUCCAGCUCAAAAUUUCUGGAUAGAAAACCUUUUAGGAGAAUGGGACAAUCCCUCCUUCGGCCGGACAGAAAUUCCAAUACCAAAUCUAAGCGCAGAGUCUGCUGGUCACCAGACUAUAACUACUUCUUCGCAUGACUGCUUUAAGGGUAUUGGAUCGCUUAAUACGGCGCAGGUUGCCAAAUAUCGAGGAAAGCUUCAACGUCGUGCGCUCGAGACUGCCGAAGUGAUAGCACAGGUAGACAAAAAGUUCAUAUUGGCUAAAGUCCAUAAACGCCCCGUCAUUCUCAAUUCGGAGAGGAUAUCGAACGAUAUUCUGCUCUUAAUCGAUCAGCAUGCUGCCGAUGAGCGAUGUCGAAUUGAACUGUUGUUUAGGGAAAUGUUCAUAUCUGCUGGGUUAGGUGAGAAUUUGGAGUCGGGUGUAGUGCGGACUGUCCAAGUCGGUUCUUUAGCAUUUGAGGUUUCAUCGACAGAGGGUGAUCUCUUUCAAAGAUAUACGGGUCACUUUUCAGACUGGGGUAUUAAGUAUGUCACCCAUGGCAAGACCAACUCUACCGUUAUGAUCACCGUGCAUACUCUUCCCGCCCUAAUAGCCGAACGGUGUCGACUCGAGCCUCAUGUGCUAAUUGACUUGAUGAGGCGCGAGAUCUGGUCAAGUGAGGAAGAUGGCAGAAAGCCGUUCCAAUCGAAGAAAAAAAUUGAAACCGAAGACGCGGAUCAGGAUCUUGAAAUAUCAGACAGCGAUGAUGUGGUACACAAAGGAAUCUCGGCAUCAUCAGCCUCGCGCUCAUGGGUUCAACAGAUGAAUGGAUGCCCUCAAGGCAUUGUCGACCUUCUCAACUCCCGCGCCUGUCGAACUGCUAUCAUGUUCAAUGACCCGUUGAACACUGAUGAGUGCCAGGCAUUGGUCUCUAGGCUGGCCCAUUGUGCCUUCCCGUUUCAAUGCGCGCAUGGCCGCCCUUCAAUGGUCCCUAUCCUUGAUUUACGAUCCCUCCCUGAGACUACCGCUUCAUUACCACUAGACUUGGAUACCAGAGCAUCCCCCUUUGCUGAUAGCGAUGGCGUGAGUUUAAAUUUCAUGGAAGCGUUCAAAACACGUUAUGUAACAUAG